AUGGCGGACCCUUGGGAAACGAGGUCGACGUUCCGACCAUGUCUGCUUCUAUUAGUGAUGUUGUCAACAAUUCUACAACCGGGCCUCGCCCAGAUCUGUUCUUUCUGGGAUGGUGGAUGUGUUGAUCCUUACGCCCAGACGGCAGUUUCCUUCGACUUUUCUCCUCUCUUCUUGGACGACCUUUCACUAUAUUAUGCAUACGACGCCAACUCUCGGGGUAAAGGUAACGAACCUAUGACUAAGGCUAGUUUUUGGAUGGGUUAUGCAGCACAUCAUGUCGACAGUUCAGCCAUCGACACAAAUCGCACGUUGGAAGUUGGCUUGCGUGUGGGAAACUUGACAGGUACCCCUUCCGGGGGGACUAAUGGAUGUGACGGUGUUUGGGGACCCCAAUGCUCGAUGAACCUCAAGGAGACAUUAAAAGAUGCUAUUUAUCAACUCUCUGCCAAGGGAGAAUAUUACACCUUUCCCCUGGAUACUGUGUUGCAUGAAAUGCUUGUCAACCCGCCCGCUCUUCCCAACUGUCCACCACCUUUCUUCGAUGUCCAGAGAAUUCCUGUUAAGCCAUUCGCCUCGGAGACGGUAAACGACAAGGUCGCUACGAUGUCAACUCCUGGCUCUAGCGAUGACCCCUGGAAGACGUGGUAUAUUGACAAUAUGACCGCGAAACAGCAAGCAGACCAAGUGGCCGUCGCCAUCAUCAGCCGAAGCCCUUCGUACGACAGCCCACCCCUGAAGAGCAAAAACGAUGUUCAAAUAGAACUGGUGUGCCUUCAGGCUCCAUCAUCUGGGAGCUCGUCAUCAAAUCAAGAUUCCACAUAGAGUUCUCGAUGUCACGUCGAAUACCCUUUUAUAUACUCUCGGCCACAAGUUGCAUAACUUGGGUGGUCAUACUAAUAGCACCUUGCUGCAUUCCACCACUCUUCGCUCGCAUGUCUACGACUUGACAUGCAUGAUACUAAUUUACUGUUAAAGAAGAGAUUAUUAGGUCUUCUCACGAUCUAUGCCCGUCCGCAGCAGGCUCUGAAUUUCCCCGGCCGUGUGGGUUAUCGUGUCCAAGUUCAAUGCGAUAUGACUGCCGUCAUUCCAGGAACAAUGACAAUGUCGUUAGCCGCUAGCAUGGUCUACGAACGUUGGCAUUGAAGGACACAGCCAAUACUCGGUUCCACUUCUGGGCAUCUUGAAAUGACCCAGUCCUAAUAUACGUGGCCAGGAUUCUAUCAAUUCUCAGAAACCUGCUAUCGUUUGUGGACAUCUAACAUUGUCGCAUGAGGGUUGGGUUGGGUUGCACGCAAAAUCAGGUCUCUUGAAGAAAUGUGUCCUCGGAGCCUGGUUUACUUGUUUGGUUAUAUACCGAAUAGGACAAAGUGAAAUGCUCCCCACUUUCGGACAAAGUUGUGCCACGCAUUGGUCGGAUUACCCCUGUUUGCCCACAGCCGACCGGACCGAAUCUUGCAGCUCUCGAUGCUACCAUGUCUUUUUUAUCACAAAGUCGGCCAGUCCAUCUGUAUUGGUUUUAAGUUACCCGGACCACGGAAAUCCUCCAAGAUCUCCGCCCGUUCGCUCAAAAGUAUCCUAUCGACUUGGGUACCGAUUUGAGCUAAACUUCUCAUCCGUGCUAGCUCCUCUGGGUUGCGUUUAUCGCCGCGAGCGGUCGUAUUCUUCUCCCAGUGUCCCUUGGAAAAUGCUAUCAAGGUCGUGAUAUGCUUCCGCGAAAUAUCGAAAACCAAUGAACAGAUGGUGCCAGUUUCCUCGAGCCAGUUACACUGCCAUAACUCUCCGGGCCGGAUGCAUUGGUAUGUGGCUGAUUGAAACGCCGCACGCCCCGCCAUGGGGCCCCCAUGAAUGGCGUAAUUUAUGCGGUCCUCGUUGUAGAACCACAUUUCAUAGCGCCAUUUUUCUGGAUUUCCCUCCGCAUCCUGCGCUGCAUAGUCAUAUACCAAAUGACGAUCGCGAAUGUCAUUAUCAAAGGUGGAACCUUGUAAAGAGGGAAGAACCGGCAUUUUGAAGACAACAGUGUGUUUAGUCUCGAUGCAGGAGCACAAUCGCAAAAGCAAUGCAAAAGCAAUACGAGAAGAAAGUUAUCUUCGGUAAAUUAGAACAAUAUAUUCAUUUUGGGAAAUAAAAA